AUGAAUAGGUACGGUCGAUCUCCACCAAGAAUCGAUGGGAUGGUUUCAUUGAAAGUUGAUAACUUGGCAUACAGAACAACUAUUGAUGACUUGCGAAGAGUUUUCAGCCGAUUCGGUGAAGUUGGUGAUAUCUACAUACCUAGAGAUCCCUAUACUUUCGAGAGUCGAGGAUUUGCUUUCGUUCGAUACUGCACUGACCGCGAGGCUGACUGUGCCAUACGCGGUAUGGAUGGUCAUAAGGUAGAUGGGCGAGAGGUCCGAGUCCAAAGAGCAAAAUACGGUCGACCAACUCCAAACCGUCGAAGACGAUCGGUUACUCCGCGACGUAAUGGACGGCGUUCUCGUUCUUUCUCGUCUGGUCGUGACAGGCGGUCACCACGUAGAAUGAACGAUCGAUAUCGUCUUCCUUCUUCUCCCCGACAUUAUAGUCGGUCGUUAUCAAGAGAACGACGUUGA